AUGAAGACUUCAGUUCUCUCCAUGCUCACUUUGGCUACCUCCGUCGCCGCCACUGGCAGCUUGGUUGACUGGCUCAAGGGCUUGGGUGGUGACGACGACAACAGUGGCAAUGGAGGCAACAGCGAGGAAGACUGCACCACCACCACCGAAGGCUAUGGCUACGAAACCACGAGUUACGAGUAUACCCAGACCUACGACUACAGCAGCAAGACCAAGAGCUGGGGUUCCAGCAUAGACAAGUAUACUACGUCAACUAUCUAUGCCACUUCGGUCCAGACUAUCACUUCCUGCGCUCCCACGGUCACCGACUGCCCCGGAGAUAAGGGGGCAACAGUCGUCAUCACCAUUCCCAUUUCUACCACGAUCUGCCCAGUGACGGCAACGGAGAGCGAGUCGGUGUCCACGGAGACGUACUCCUCUUCCGCGCUACCCGUUGAGACUUAUACUUCCUCGGUGCCGGAGACCACCAUCGUCACAACUUCUUCAUAUGCUCCUAUCUACUCUCAGUCCAUCCCUUCAUACACCCUGGCCGUCCCUACCUCAGCCGAGACCACAGUCGUCGCCACCCUGCCCACUAGUGCCGCUUCCUCCGCCACCACUCUCAUCACUCCCUCGGUGACUACCUACCCUGCUGGUGGCGUCGGAACGACGUCUACCUACGUCACAAACACUCCUACCGCAUCCCAGGCUAUCGUCACUGCCGGUGCCGUGCAAAAUGCGCGUCGGGCCGGUGGUGUCAUCGCUGCUGCUGCUUUGGCCGCGGUUUUCAUCUAA